AAAUAGAGUGAUAACAUUAAUGACCACAUUCGGUGCAUCAGUAAUCAAGCUUUCACGCUGUCAUUUUGUCCACUCCAUUUCUCAGUGGCUCCUCUUUUCCCCCUUUUCAUCCCCAUUCUUGAGCUCUCAAUAUUAAACAAUCCAUAAAAAAGUUAUAAACCCAGUUGUAGUUACUGUUUCUUCACGCCACAUUCCCCCCAAAUGUUGCUUCAUUUGCAAGUUUCCUAACUCAGAUCUUGCAUUUUUCAGGGUUUCAGACCAGAGUCGUCUUCAUCAUUGAAUUGGAGAAGAAAUCUUGAUUUAGUAACAGGCGGAACCGAGGAUUUAGCAGUUCAUGUUGUGCAGUAAUGUUGAGGAAUACCAAAUGGAAGCUUGAGAAAACUAAAGUCAAAGUUGUUUUUCGGCUGCAAUUUCAUGCUACAAAUAUUCCACAAAGUGGAUGGGAUAAGUUAUUUAUUUGUUUCAUACCUACCGAAUCCGGAAAGAUCAUUGCAAAAACGAGCAAAGCAAAUGUGAGAAACGGAACAUGCAAAUGGGCGGACCCUAUCUACGAAACUACAAGACUUCUAGUAGAUUCUAGAAACAAACGAUACGAUGAUAAGCUUUACAACCUCAUUGUGGGGAUGGGUUCGUCACACGCAAGCAUACUUGGUGAGGCUACCAUUAAUCUUGCUGAUUAUGCAGAUGCGUUAAACCCGUAUGCUAUUUCUUUGCCUCUUCAUGGAUCUGAUCAAGGAACUAUCUUGCAUGUUACAGUUCAGUUGCUGACAGCUAAAACUGGAUUCAGAGAAUUUGAACAACAGUUCGAUAAAGGGUUGCAAAGCAGCAGCAAUUAUGGCCGAGAAGUGGAACCUAGUAUCACCACCGCACCUUCAUCUUCGGAGUUGCACAUCUCUAGAGAGCUCGUACCAAUUAUGGAAGAGACAGAUAUGCAUGAAGAAUUUUCAGACGCGACGCCUGUUGUUGAGUAUAACGGCCAGUGUAACAACUCAGAAAGUUAUAAUGCUGCCAAAAACGAUUCAUCCGGCAUCCCUGAAUCCCGGGCCUUAAACGGGCCGGUCCGUAGUCAAACCCGGUCAACCGAAAACGCAGAUUAUUCAAAGGACAAUAAGUUAGCAAUUGCUCUUGAAGAGAAUCAUCGACUCAGAGGAAGCUUAGAAACGGCCGAAUCUUUCAUUUUCGAGCUUAAGCAAGAGGUCAACACGUUGCAUCAUCAGGCUAACGAGAUGAAUAUGGAAACACAAAAGAUUGCACAACAUCUAACUAACGAGAUUUCUUCCGGGUUAAAGCUAGAACGAGAGGUUAUGAUCCUCAAGUCGGAAUGUUCAAAGUUUAAAGAUGAGCUAAAACAGUUAAACGAAAUAAAGUUACGGUCGCAAUUUAUGGAGAAAACGCAAGAUCAACGGGUAAAUGGGCUUUUUCUUGUGGAGGGUCGAAUACGGGAACUUCAAAAAAAGAUUCUUAUCGGGUUCCAUGAGUCGGAUCUAAGCUUUAUAAACUCGGAUUUGGAAAUGUUACUCGGUAUCGUGCAGAAUCUUGAAAAGGGAACGGGGCUUACAAGAGUUGUUGACUUGGGAGAAAGUCAAAGUUUGGAACUUUUAUGUCAACUAAAUGAAGCGAAAGCCGAAAGGGGAAAUCUUAUUAAAAAGAUGAAUGAAAUGGAAUGUUAUUAUGAAUCACUUGUGCAAGAGCUUGAAGAGAAUCGGGACCGGCUUCUAGUAGAGUUUCAGAAGCUUAGAUACGAACAUUUAUCGUGUAUCAACACUAUUUCAACGUGCAAAUCGGAAACCGAGACGAUACGCCUCUGUAUGAAAGAUCAAAUCUUGAAAUUCGACAAAGAAAGACUUGCGUUAAGUUGUGUUAACGAGGAGCUUGAAAAACGAGUAAUGGUUGUGGAAGCAUAUGUGCAAGAGCUCGAGGAAAACCGGGAACGGAUCGUUAAGGAAUUUGAAAGCCUUAAGAACGAGCAUUCGACAUGUGACGACACUAUUUCGUCCUGCAAAUACGACACGGAAUUGAUACGCCAUGAGUUGAAACAUCAAACGUUAAAGCUGACUAAAGAAAAGCAAGAGUUGGAGUAUGUUAAACGGGAACUCGAGAAAAGAGUUUUGACUGCUGAAUCACUCGUACAAGAGGUACAGAAAAACCGAGAACAAGUUUUGGGAGAAUUUCGAUGCCUUAAAAACGAGCAUUCGACAUGUGCUGAUACCAUUUUGAGCUUGAAAGCCGAGAUAGAAUCGAUACGCCGUGAUAUGGAAGAUCAAGCGUUAAAAUUUGCUAAAGAAAAGCAUGAUUUCGGCUGUGUUAACGAACAACUUGACAAAAGGGUUACGACAGCAGAAGCACUUGUGCAAGAGCUCGAGAAAAACCGGGAAGAGAUUUUAGGUGAGUUGAAGAGCCUACAAUAUGAGCAUUCGACAUGUGGCGACACUAUAUUGACCCACAAUAAUAUGAACAACCGAAUCUUAAGACUUGAAAAAGAAAGACAUGAUUUGGGCUGUGUUAACGAGGAGCUCAAGAAACGCGUCGUGACUACCGAAGCACUUGUUCAAGAACUUGAGGAAAAACAAGAACGUAUUUUGGGUGAGUUUCAAAGCCUACAAACUGAGCAUUCGACAUGCGGCAACACUAUUUUGGCCCACAAAAGUAUGAAUGACCAAAUCUUACGACUUGAAAAAGAAAGAAAUGAUUUGUGUUGUGUUAACAAGGAGCUCAAGAAACGGGUCGUGACUACCGAAGCACUUAUUCAAGAACUUGAGGGAAAACAAGAACACAUUUUGGGUGAGUUUCAAAGCCUACAAAUCGAGCAUUCGACAUGUGGCGACACUAUUUCGGCCCACAAAAAUAUGAAUGACCAAAUAUUAAGACUUGAAAAAGAAAGAAACGAUUUGGUUUGUGUUAACGAGGAGCUCAAGAAACGGGUCAUGACUAGUGAAGCGCUUAUUCAAGAACUCGAGGAAAAACAAGAACAUAUUUCGGGUGAGUUUCAAAGUCUAAAUAAUGAGCAUAUAACCUACAAAUCCGAGACCGAAUCGAUACACCAUGUUAAUAAGGAACUUGAGAAAAGGGUUUUAGAGCUUGAGGAAAACCAGGAAAAGAUCCUCGAAGACUUCGAGAUCUUAAAAACCGAGCACUCGACAUGCGGCGAUACUCUUACCGCCUGCAAAACCGAGACGGAAUCCAUACGCGUUGACAUGAACAGCCAAAUCUUAAAACUAAUCGAAGAAAAACACGCUUUAGAUUCUAUUAACAAGGAGCUCGAGAAAAGGGUAACCACUUUAGAAUCCGCACUCGAAAGGGGCCGUGUGAAUUACGCAAUCGCAGUAACGCAGUUGCAGAAAAACCUCGACAUGCUAGCUGCGCAGGUUUCUUCGUUGUUUGAGACCAAUCAAAACCUUAUUAAACAAACGUUGUCCUCCGAAAAUUGCGCAAGUAUAGCUCAUGACCGCCGUGAAAAACCGCUUUCGGGCGGUGAUGAUCUUUCCGAUGAACAAAUUUACGAAAUAUGUUGUGAAAGAUUAUACUUUGACGUGUACUCGGUGAUUCUGGAAGAAAGACUAUUAGAAGUGAGUAGAGAUGCACGGAAGAUUAAAACCGAUCAUGAAAAAAAUGUGCCGGAACACCAGUCGGAAUCGUUACGGAUAGCAUUUAUGAAAGAACAAUGUGAAACUACGGUGCAAGAGUUAAAGCAACAACUUUUUGUUUCCAAAAGGCAUGGUGAUGAUAUAUUGAUAAAGUUACAAGAUGCGCUUGACGAAAUCGAGAGUAGGAAGAAAUGUGAAGCUUCUUAUUUGAAAAGGAUUGACGAGUUGUCGUUUAAGAUCGGCGGAUUGGAAGGUGAGUUACAGUCGAUACAGGCGGAACUCGAUUGUGCUCUCUUGAACCUCGAGUGUUGCAGGGAAGAAAAAGAAAAGAUUAUUGCACAAAUCACUGAGUUCGAAAAGAUGAAAAACGAGAGAUCGAUUCUUGCAAUGAUGAGUUGUGGCUCAAGUUUUCAAGAUUUGCAGAGGGAACUUAUGCAACUACACAAGGCAAAUGAAGAACUCGAGUGCAUGUACCCACGAUUUAAAAAUUUCACGGGAGAUGGAAACACAUUAGGGAGAGUGCUGGCGUUAGAGAUCGAGCUCGCCGGAGCACUUAUGGUGAAGAAGAAAUCGACUAUCCAAUUUCAAAGUUCUUUCCUUAAACAACAUAGUGACGAAGAAGCAAUUUUUAGAAGCUUCCGGGACAUCAAUGAGCUGAUCAAAGACACAUUGGAGAUCAAGAGCAAGUACGUAAACGUAGAAACCGAAUUGAAUGAAAUGCACGAGCGCUACACGCAAUUAAGCCUGCAACUUGCCGAGGUUGAAGGGGAGAGGCAAAAACUUAUGAUGAGCGUCAAGUAUGCGAGAUGAUAGUCUUUGGUAGAGUCAAUAUUAGUCAACUGUAUCGUUAAAAGGUCAACAGAAUCUGUGAAUAGGUUUGGUGUUAACUGCAGGGAUGUGGAGUUGAAGAUGCAGGUGGUGUAAAUGGCUUUAGUUACAAAAGGGUCAAAUUGUUUAUUAAAAACAUGAUCUAACCAUGUUUUUUUGGUCUUUUAAGUUUUUCUUUGCCUUUUGGCUUUGGUAUUCAUGUUGUGAUGUAUGUUUAUAAAAAUAAUAUAAUAUAUAUUCUUUUAUUAA